UGCAGUCAAGAGUCUCGAGGCACUUUGCUCCUCGAAAGUCAAAGCGCUGCUUUAGAUGGGCAUCUGCGUGCUAUGCCACACCAAAGCCGAAAGGCUGCGAAACGCCUAUUUAAAGGCGCCGAUUUAUGUGUCCCACCUCGACGAACCCCCGCUCUCCUCAUCUCGCGACCGCUGAUCACAGGUCUCCACUCUCCAUCUUACACCACCAUAGCUCCCUUCGCGCUCCCCCUGCGCUCGAUCGACAUUCCACCUCGUCUUCCUCCUCACACCCUCUCAUCUCGAUCCUGACUUCAUUCCCUUGCCACUCGGCGCCCAUCCCCUCACUGUGACGCUUCCAUACUGCCGACCAUCACUGCAGCCAAGAUGCUCUUCGAGCUCUGGUCCGACUCGCAUUCUGCGCCUAUCCUUUUCAACUUCGUAGUUCUCCUCCCUUGGGUCAUCCUCGUCGCAUUCGUGGCCCGCUCCGCCUUUCGGUCCAUCUCAAGACGCGCCCGUCCGAAUACUCACAUAGCUCAACGCGAAGACUUUGCAAAGAUGUCCUUUGUGCUGAGCCUAUGCGAAAGGACGUACGCAGCGCCCGGACUUCUCCAGAACAACGCGAUACUAUGGGACCAUACAAUGGUGCGGGUUGCCCGGUCCGGGGUCAUUUGGAUUUGGCAAAGGAACAGCACUCCACCAGAACAAAGACAAUGGAUCAUUGCGAUCAAAGGCACUUCGAAUAUACGCGACCUUUUCCAAGACGGGCGCCUCUUGCUCGAUACCGCGCGGCCUGGCCGAUUCAACAAGUGGCAAAGAGACGCUUUCGCGCUCCGCAGGCAGGUUGAAGAAUUGUUGACGGAACUCGGAGUCAACUUGGACGAGGACAAGGUAACCUUCAUCGGUCACUCUCUUGGUGCAAGCCAUGCAGAGUAUUUGCUGCAUUUCUUCCGCCAACGAUCAAGAACCCAAACAAACCUUUACGGCUUCACAAUCGAUUCCCCAGGUCAGCCACCCAGCUUUCGCAUCGAAACAGGGAUGCAAGGGCCGCUACCAAAUCUGACGACGCUCAACGCGCCACCCAAUCUCUUCAAUACGCUCAAUGUACCUGUCGCCCAGACCCUGUACUGCUGCGGGGACGGGCCCGACGUUCACUUGAACAUAGUGUGGAACGUAAUCAGUACCAGCUAUAAUUUCAGUGCGGAUGUGGCCUGGUUUGCGCUGAAGGCAUUUGGCAGAUAUUCCGCAAACCACUACUUGAAGAGCAUCAAAGACUACCUGGACGAUUGCGACAUUUCUGAGACUACUGCUGCGCAGUGGCCCACUUACACGAACACUGUCGUCGCCUACAUCCCAAUCCUGCCUUCUGCCACUGCAUUUCAGCCACUUGCACCAGGACCAGGACCAGGACCAAGGCCACCGCGACCGCGACCGCCACCGCCUCCUACAGCAGCUCCUCAUCGCCCUCCUGUGGCCCGCAGACCUCAAGAGGAUGACCAUCCAGGUCUCGAGCGUCUUCCAGGGGCAAGAAAUGAGAUGGUCACGGGCGUGCCUUACAAAUGCUCUGGGGACGGAGACGUUACUCGCUUUCAAAGCAUGCUCGUAGGCUCGGACAAGGUUUUGGCUCUCAUUGCAGAUUCUCUUCAAGGCAAAUCAAGCAUCUUCAAAGUCUUUGUGGGGCUCCUCUUUUCAGAUCGCCGGAUACGAGUCAGUCGCAGAGCGAACACAACCCGCUGGCCGAUCGUGGCCAAGAUUGGAGAGUUUGUGGUGGAUGCAGAGAACGGCAAAAGAAGAACCGUCUUCCUGGUAGAUAUCCCAGGACUCGGAGGCCAGGGCAUGCUCUCGCAGCCGAAUGGUUGGGCAGAAAAUGACGCCAGAGUGCUACUUGACAAGCUUCGCAGCUGGAUUGGAGUCAUCUACUACAUUCGGCGCACUCCCUUUCUUGACGAUGCUGCCACCAGACUGCGCCAAAUCCAAAAUAUAUGUGGAGACGAAAUCGACAUUCGUUACAUCCACAACUACGACGGAUUCAGCGACCGCCCGCAGGAACAUGAAGAGCAUCGUGCAGACUUUGUAAAUGCGCUACCACCGAACACUCCCAUCAUUCAGUGUACCGUGGUGCGGGACCCUGACUCGACUAAAGAAGAACGCGACCGUCAUGACGACGUGGCAUUACUUCGGGAGUGGAGGUCUGAAAUUUCGCCAGAGGCGCUGCGAUCCAACGCAGGCACAUUCGCCGACCGACAGAGAAGGUCAGCUCCGCAAGAUGCUCAGCGAGAUGCUCAGCAGGCGGGCCAUGCACAUGAUGCCGCAGUCCGGCGGGGUGCCUGGAGCACGACAUUUACGGGCGUACUGACCUACCUCCCUGGAGCGCCGUGGUGGAGCCCCUACCUUGGACCAUCUCUGACGACCAGCAUUGGAGUCAUCGGCGCGGUAGCCGUAGCUAUCUCUGUCGGUGUCGGAGCCGGGGCCUACUACGUUGCUUGUUAUCAACACACAAUCUGCGGCGCGCUGCCCCAGCCUGAACGCAUCGUUUCUGAGUCCUUGUCCCUAUUCCUUGUCGCCAGCUACGCAGUUCCACGCGCACUGUCACACGCCACGAUAUCAUGUAGAUAAAUAGUCAUCCCCUGAGUCGAGUCGAGUCAUGC